AUGUCUGCUUGCAUGUUGGCUUGUUUUAUCUCUCUAUCUCACUCUCUCCGUCUUUUCUUUCUUUCUUUCUUUCUUUCUCUCUCUCUCUCUCUCUCUCUCUCUCUCUAUCUAUCUAUCUAUCUAUCUAUAUAUAUAUAUAUAUAUAUUAGACUGUCAUUCACUCUCUCUCAUUCUCUCUGUCUGUCUGUCUGUCUCUAUCUCUAUCUAUCUAUCUAUCUAUCUAUCUAUCUAUCUAUCUAUCUAUAUAUAAUUCUUCGCGCGUCAUCUUCAACUGCCGCUCCUCUAUCGUCGUCUCUAUCUUUUUCUCAGACACCAGAAAUUCUUUUCACAUCAUCCGCAUAUUCACUGGGUUUUUUUUUCGAUUUAAUUUCUACGACACUUUAUUGUUUAUUGUUGAUCUAUCUAUCUAUCUAUCUAUCUAUCUAUCUAUCUAUCUGUUGGUCUGUCUAUAUAUUUCAAUUUGUUCAAUAUGUAUCAAUCUAUGCAUAA